AGAUUUGUCAUGAGACAUGAAGUAGAUCUGAGAUAAGGUUAACAGAUUAAACAUAAAAGGAUCCAGUAAAAGUUGGAGUCUUUAUAAUGGUUCCGGCAAAGACAAGUAAAACGAGGUUUAGCGGGCCCUCUCAUUCUGUUUAUAAAGGACUAGAAACUUCAUGGGGGUUCUCUAUAGCUUUGAUUGUUAUAACUCUACCCUUCUCUCUGUGCCUCUGUAUAAAGGUGGUUCAAGAGUACGAAAGAGCAGUAAUUUUCCGACUGGGUCGUCUUCGUCGUGGCGGGGCAGAGGGACCUGGACUGUUCUUCAUAGUCCCGUGUAUAGACCACUAUAAAAGUGUGGACCUAAGAACAGUCUCAUUCGACGUUCCACCGCAAGAGAUUUUAACACGAGAUUGUGUGACAAUAUCAGUAGAUGCCGUGAUAUACUGGAGAACAUCCAGCUCAGAGAAGGUCGUCUGUGUUGUCGAGAAUACAAAUCACUCAACGAAACUUCUGGCGGCCACCACACUCAGAAAUGUUCUAGGCACGAAGAACCUUUCAGAAAUACUCUCCGAGAGGGAAACCAUUGCGCAGAUUAUGCAGACGGGUCUAGACGAGGCAACGGAUCCUUGGGGUGUAAAAGUGGAAAGAGUGGAAAUAAAAGAUGUGAGGUUGCCUGUACAAUUACAAAGAGCUAUGGCAGCAGAAGCAGAAGCAGCUAGAGAAGCUAGAGCUAAGGUAAUAGCAGCUGAGGGAGAACAGAAAGCUUCACGUGCUCUGAAGGAAGCAGCUGAUGUUAUUCAAGAGAGCCCAUCUGCUUUACAGCUGCGUUACUUACAAACCUUAAACAGGAGUGCCCUGUAG